AUGCUAACUAUCAUUGCUUUGAUUGACAGUUUUGAGCUUUAUAAGGAUAAUAGAGUGGAUAUUCUAGCGCCUAAAUUAGUACUUAUUGCUCUUAAUUUGGUUGGUUUAGGACCGGGCAUCUCGGAGCUUAAUACUUUGGGUCUUCUUCCAACUCACGUAUCGGAUUGGGUUUCAUCCUUGCCUCCUGCUCAGAAGGCCCAAUUAUUCCAACAGCUUCCCCAAGGGAUUGACUAUAUGACAAUGAGAGAUUUCUAUAUAUGUUCUCUUUCCUCAAGGACUAUUCUCUACAAAGGUCAGUUGAAGCCCAAUCAGUUGAAGGAAUACUACUACGCUGAUCUUGGAAAUGAAAGCAUGGGUUCAACCGGCUAA